UAAAGUGAAAUACAGAAUCAUAAACGUGUUUAGGAUGAGCUCCAGCAGAUGGUGCUCUUGAUUUACAGCAUAUGUGACAUCACACAAAAAGAGGAGGAGCAUCUUUUCUGAGCAUUGAACUAGAGAAUAAAGCUGUUUGUCAUUUUAGCAGAACCAGAAAGACAGACUGCACUGAAACUUAACAGCUAAGAGCUACAAUGGAUGAAGUGAGAAUUGUUCUGUUGGGUAAGCAAGGAGCAGGAAAGAGUGCAUCAGGAAACACUCUUCUAGGUCGUAACCAGUUUCGAACGGCAGCCCACACAGUUCGAGUAACCCAGAUCUGUUCAGCGCAAACAUCCACUAUAGGCAAGCAAAGGAUCACGGUGGUUGAUACACCUGGAUGGCCUGAUUCUUCAUCUGAGACUGAAAUCAAGCAGGAGAUCAUGAAAUGCAUUGACAUGUGCAGUCCUGGACCUCAUGUGUUUCUCCUGGUGUUGCCCCUCGGAAGAUUUACUUAUGAAGAGAUAAAAACAAUCAUCGAUAUUAUGACUGAAUUUGGUCCUGAAGGUUACAAAUACAUGCUACUGCUGUUCACCAGAGGAGAUGAUCUGGAGGGGAAGACCAUUGAAGACUACCUUAAAAAUACACAAGAAGACCUAAAGAAUAUACUUGAGAUGUGUUCUGGAUACCAUGUGUUCAACAACAGAGACAAAAACAAAAACAUUCACAGUCAAGUUUCUUAUAUUUUACAGAAGAUCAAUCGUAUGGUUGAAAACAAUGCUAAAAAGUGUUACACAAACACUAUGUAUCAAAAUAAAGAUCAACAAAGAAAACAAGAGGCAUGGCAGAAAAAUGAAGAGAAUUUGGCACUAAGCAAAUAUGCUACUAAACAUAAAAAUACAGAAACAAAGACGGGGAAAUACAGUGAAAUGAAUGAGAAAAGAGAAAAACAAAGCCAAAUAAGAGAAGUGAGGAAACAGAUUGAUAAAGAAGAGAAAGACACUGAAAUAGUGAUGCCCAUGAAUAAAAUAUCUAGCAAUGAUAGUAAGGGAGCACAUAGACAAGAUUAUAAUAGAAUGGAGCACAUAUCUGUUGAUAGAAGGGACAUUGAGAUGAUGUUAGAGUUACAGAGAACCAAUACAGAAAAACUUGAAAAAAUGAUAGCACGUCUAGACCAAGUGGAAAGAACUCUACAAGAAAUAAAAACUAUGCUUGGUGAAAGAUUGAAUCAAGAGAAUAAAAAAAAACUGAACAGAGAACCUACUGCUCAAGGCAAUUCAGGUUUUAUAUCUAAGCUGUUUAGAAGCCGUUAGUUGUAAACGGAUUUGUAUGAUGCUUAGUUUAUAUCAGGAAAAUGCUCCUCAGUGCAUGCAUGAUGUUCAGGGAGGGCACAACAUGAUCAAUGGGCCCACUAAACCUAAACCAUCUGCAUUCUAUGAUCUUUACUUCUCUCAGCUUAUCACACAAUUUAUUUUUCCACUUUUACCCUUUACUUACUAAAAUCAACCCCUUCUUCAAAUUCUGAUUAUAUUGCAAUUUACUGUAUACUGUAAUAAUAUUUAUAGUUAUAUUCAUAUAGCAAUACUGGACUCUGAUUGACCAGUUGUUACAU